CUUAAGGAAGGCAGUGAUUAAUAACAGAAACUCAUUCUCUGUUCUCCCUAAGAUAGGAAUCAAUUUGUGAAGAUUGCUUCAAAAUGGAUUGUUUGACUUUUCGAGCUGUUGGAAGUAAAGUUGUUGGAAAAUGGACAUCUUUACAGCUCCUUUGUUUGGCUACAGUCGGUUUUGGAUUUUAAAAAUUGUAGGAGUAUCUGCAUGGACUUAUCAUUAUAGCACCAAGGUGCAUACAUGGAAUGAAUCCCGUAAUUGGUGUAGAAGAAAUUUUACUGACAUGGUUGCAAUUCAGAACAAAGAGGAAAUCUCUUUUUUAAUCCAAAACCUGCCUGAAGAUGAUAUCCACUAUUGGAUAGGGUUGCGAAAAAUAAACCAAAUUUGGAUUUGGAUUGGAACCAACAAAUCGCUCACAAACCUGAAGAAAAUUGGCACAAGGAGAACCCAAAACAAUAAAAAGAAAAACCCAGAUUGUGUGAGAUUUACAUCCGAAGAUCAAAAGAGAGGGGGAAUGGAAUGAUGAACAAUGUGAUAAAAAAAAGAGGGCACUAUGUUAUCUAGUCAGCUGCAAUGAUUCUUCGUGCAACAAACAUGGGAUUGUGUGGAAACUGUCAAAAAUUAUACCUGUAAAUGUUGGCCAGGAUUCUAUGGAGCAAACUGUGAAAACGCUGUAUCUUGCAGGUCUCCACACAGUCCACCUGAUGGAGAAAUGAUCUGCACCGUCAUAUUUGGAACAUUCCAGUAUAAUUCUGUUUGCAACUUCAGUUGUGAAGAAGGAUUUCAACUGACUGGAGCAAGGUCAUUAUCCUGCGAGAACUCUGGAGAAUGGUCUGAAUCUAUCCCCGGAUGUAAAGCUGUAUCGUGCUCAUCUCUAGAAGAUUUGUCACAUGGCCACAUCAACUGUUCUGAUGAAUAUGGAGAAUAUAGGUUUAAAUCCAUUUGUGAAUUUACUUGUGAAGUGGGAUUUCAAUUAAAAGGAUCAAACUCUCUAUUUUGCCAAAGUUCAGGAGAAUGGUCAGAAACGACACCUCAAUGUAUCGCUGUUUCUUGUAUGAGCCUGCAAAGUCCAGAACAUGGUAAAGUAAAUUGCUCUUAUGCAUUCGGAGAAUACAGAUAUAAAUCCAUUUGCAACAUCACUUGUGAGGAGGGAUUUGAUUUACAAGGAUCAACAUCACUUUUGUGCCAGAACACAGGAGAAUGGUCUGAAUCUACACCCAUAUGCUUAGCUCAUAAUGUUUCUCUGGAAAAACAAAGACAGUCUUACACGGAAGCUUAUGUUCUGACAAGUUGUGGGCUAAUACUUUCUGGUUUAAUGGCAUAUGGAAUAAAUUAUUAUCGUAAGAAAAAAAAUCCAGGACUCCUGAAAAAAGACAUAGACAAUACUAAUACAUUUGAAAAUCCUGCAUUUGAAGAUAACGAGACCUCAUUUGACCAGUGAUUGCUGGAGCUGUUCUUUUCUAAAACACUCUACAAUGAUGGAUGCAAGAACAAUCUUACAUACACAAUAUUGAAAUAGCAUUUACUCCUAUGCAAUAUAUGUACUGAAGUUUAGGUUACAGUUUUGAUUUUUUAUUUCUUUGAAUACUUCUUGUAACAGAUAACAGAUACAAUGGGCCAGAUAUACUAAGUCUACUUUCACACUCGCGUUUUGGCUUUCCGUUUGUGAGAUCCAUUCAGGGCUCUCACAAGCGGUCCAAAACGGAUCAGUUUGCAU